CCUUCGGAGGAAUUCGGCCUGUGUAAUUCGGAGGAAAUUGAAGAUCCGACUCACCGUCUUCCUUCCUUCUCUAUAAUAGCCGAAAGCCAUAUCUUUCUCCCGUCUUCACGAAUCCGCUUCCCGUCCGUCGCUGAAUUGGAGCUUCGCCUCGAGGUAUUUGGUUGUUGUGUAUAUCCCGACUAGCAAGAAGAUAUGACGACUGCAGCGAGACCAACAUGGGCGCCUGCCAAAGGUGGCAAUGAACAAGGCGGCACCCGAAUUUUUGGCCCUUCACAGAAGUACUCGUCAAGGGACAUGGCAGCUCACACGACCUUAAAGCCCAGGAGGGAGGGGCAGGACACUCAGGAUGAACUGCAGAAGAGGAAUUUGCGUGAGGAGCUUGAGGAGCGGGAGCGUAGGCAUUUUUCAUCAAAGGAUAAAUACAAUGAUGAUAGAGAUCGCAGGAAGGGAGGACAGCUCCUUUUAGAGAGCUCAAAGAGAGAAGUGGAAGAUCGCAUUGUACCCCGUAGUGCAGAUGCUGAUGAUGACUCUGAUCUUGAGGAAAAAAGUGAUGAUGAGAGCGAUGACGUUGAUGAUGAGGAUGAGGAUGAUACAAUGGCUCUGCUGGAAGAGCUCGAACGGAUAAAGAAGGAAAGGGCAGAGGAGAAGCUUCGGAAGGAGAGACUGGAGAAAGACGAGGAGCUCAAGGCCAAGGAAGCGGAGCUUCUUCGAGGCAAUCCUUUGAUGAACAACCCAACUUCUUUCAAUGUGAAGAGAAGAUGGGACGACGAUGUGGUUUUCAAGAACCAGGCACGUGGAGAAACCAAGGCUCCAAAACGCUUCAUCAAUGAUACGAUUAGAAACGACUUCCACCGGAAAUUCCUGCAGAAGUACAUGAAGUAACUCUAAUGAAUCCUCUUUCGCAUCCUUAGUUGGAAGCAUCCGAGGCAAAAAGAAACGUGCUAUUUCAGUGUUAGUGUAUGGAAACUGGGAAAUUUGCCGUAUGGUGUGUAUGUGAUUGUCGGGUGACUCGAUUUACAAGCAAUGCUUUUGUGAUGACAUAGUCGAUUCGGAUCUUCAAUGCUUUCUAGUGAAACCGACUUUUAUGACUCGAAAGAGUUGUAACCUUCU